AACAUCCCUCAACCAGCAGCUCUCAGAACACAGAACCAGAACCAGAACCAGAACCGCAGGGAUUACGCUGCACAUCGGAGGGUUAUGACUUUGGAGAAUAAAAAAAGAUUUGCUCUCUGGAAAAAUGACAGAAAACACACUUUCCUCACCAUAUUCUGUCUGUGGUGGGUGUUUACUGGGACUGCAGCCCAAACAACAAUGGACACAUCUACCACAGAAAUUACUACCAGUAUAAUAAACCUGACAACCGAGGAAACUACAACUACAACCAGCGUAACAACACAACCGGACCCAACAACUUCAACUGACAUAACUACCACUUCAUCAACUACAGAAUCACAAACCACAACUACUGAAACACCAACUACUGCAUCUACAACUGAACAAACUACAGAUUCAACAACAGUUUCAACAACUACAGAGCCAACAACUACUGCAUCUACAACUGAACAAACUACAGAUUCAACAACAGUUUCAACAACUACAGAAGCAGCAACCACUACUACAGAACCAACAACUACUGCAUCUACAACUGAACAAACUACAGAUUCAACAACAGUUUCAACAACUACAGAGCCAACAACUACUGCAUCUACAACUGAACAAACUACAGAUACAACAACAGCUCAAACAACUACAGAAGCAGCAACCACUACUACUGAAGCAACAACUACUGCAUCUACAACUGAACAAACUACAGAUUCAACAACAGUUUCAACAACUACAGAGCCAACAACUACUGCAUCUACAACUGAACAAACUACAGAUACAACAACAGCUCAAACAACUACAGAAGCAGCAACCACUACUACUGAAGCAAAAACUACUUCAUCUACAACUGAACAAACUACAGAUUCAACAACAGUUUCAACAACUACAGAGCCAACAACUACUGCAUCUACAACUGAACAAACUACAGAUACAACAACAGCUCUAACAACUACAGAAGCAGCAACCACUACUACUGAAGCAAAAACUACUGCAUCUACAACUGAACAAACUACAGAUUCAACAACAGUUUCAACAACUACAGAGCCAACAACUACUGAAUAUACAACUGAACAAACUACAGAUUCAACAACAGUUUCAACAACUACAGAGCCAACAACUACUGCCUCUACAACUGAACAAACUACAGAUACAACAACAGCUCAAACAACUACAGAAGCAGCAACCACUACUACUGAAGCAAAAACUACUGCAUCUACAACUGAACAAACUACAGAUUCAACAACAGUUUCAACAACUACAGAGCCAACAACUACUGCCUCUACAACUGAACAAACUACAGAUUCAACAACAGUUUCAACAACUACAGAGCCAACAACUACUGCCUCUACAACUGAACAAACUACAGAUUCAACAACAGUUUCAACAACUACAGAGCCAACAACUACUGCAUCUACAACUGAACAAACUACAGAUACAACAACAGUUUCAACAACUACAGAGCCAACAACUACUGCAUCUACAACUGAACAAACUACAGAUACAACAACAGCUCAAACAACCACAGAAGCAGAAACCACUACUACUGAAAAAACAACUACUCCAUCUACAACUGAACAAACUACAGAUUCAACAACAGUUUCAACAACUACAGAGCCAACAACUACUGCAUCUACAACUGAACAAACUACAGAUACAACAACAGCUCAAACAACUACAGAAGCAGCAAACACUACUACUGAAGCAAAAACUACUGCAUCUACAACUGAACAAACUACAGAUUCAACAACAGUUUCAACAACUACAGAGCCAACAACUACUGCCUCUACAACUGAACAAACUACAGAUUCAACGACAGUUUCAACAACUACAGAGCCAACAACUACUGCCUCUACAACUGAACAAACUACAGAUACAACAACAGCUCAAACAACUACAGAAGCAGCAACCACUACUACUGAAGCAAAAACUACUGCAUCUACAACUGAACAAACUACAGAUUCAACAACAGUUUCAACAACUACAGAGCAAACAACUACUGCAUCUACAACUGAACAAACUACAGAUACAACAACAGCUCAAACAACUACAGAAGCAGCAACCACUACUACUGAAGCAAAAACUACUGCAUCUACAACUGAACAAACUACAGAUUCAACAACAGUUUCAACAACUACAGAGCCAACAACUACUGCCUCUACAACUGAACAAACUACAGAUUCAACAACAGUUUCAACAGCUACAGAGCCAACAACUACUGCAUCUACAACUGAACAAACUACAGAUACAACAACAGUUUCAACAACUACAGAGCCAACAACUACUGCAUCUACAACUGAACAAACUACAGAUACAACAACAGCUCAAACAACCACAGAAGCAGCAACCACUACUACUGAAGCAAAAACUACUGCAUCUACAACUGAACAAACUACAGAUUCAACAACAGUUUCAACAACUACAGAGCCAACAACUACUGCAUCUGUAACUGAACAAACUACAGAUACAACAACAGCUCAAACAACUACAGAAGCAGCAACCACUACUACUGAAGCAAAAACUACUGCAUCUACAACUGAACAAACUACAGAUUCAACAACAGUUUCAACAACUACAGAGCCAACAACUACUGCCUCUACAACUGAACAAACUACAGAUUCAACAACAGUUUCAACAACAACAGAGCCAACAACUACUGCAUCUACAACUGAACAAACUACAGAUACAACAACAGUUUCAACAACUACAGAGCCAACAACUACUGCAUCUACAACUGAACAAACUACAGAUACAACAACAGCUCAAACAACUACAGAAGCAGCAACCACUACUACUGAAGCAACAACUACUGCAUCUACAACGGAACAAACUACAGAUUCAACAACAGUUUCAACAACUACAGAGCCAACAACUACUGCCUCUACAACUGAACAAACUACAGAUUCAACAACAGUUUCAACAACUACAGAGCCAACAACUACUGCCUCUACAACUGAACAAACUACAGAUUCAACAACAGUUUCAACAACUACAGAGCCAACAACUACUGCAUCUACAACUGAACAAACUACAGAUACAACAACAGUUUCAACAACUACAGAGCCAACAACUACUGCAUCUACAACUGAACAAACUACAGAUACAACAACAGCUCAAACAACCACAGAAGCAGAAACCACUACUACUGAAGCAACAACUACUCCAUCUACAACUGAACAAACUACAGAUUCAACAACAGUUUCAACAACUACAGAGCCAACAACUACUGCAUCUACAACUGAACAAACUACAGAUACAACAACAGCUCAAACAACUACAGAAGCAGCAACCACUACUACUGAAGCAAAAACUACUGCAUCUACAACUGAACAAACUACAGAUUCAACAACAGUUUCAACAACUACAGAGCCAACAACUACUGCCUCUACAACUGAACAAACUACAGAUUCAACGACAGUUUCAACAACUACAGAGCCAACAACUACUGCCUCUACAACUGAACAAACUACAGAUACAACAACAGCUCAAACAACUACAGAAGCAGCAACCACUACUACUGAAGCAAAAACUACUGCAUCUACAACUGAACAAACUACAGAUUCAACAACAGUUUCAACAACUACAGAGCCAACAACUACUGCCUCUACAACUGAACAAACUACAGAUUCAACAACAGUUUCAACAGCUACAGAGCCAACAACUACUGCAUCUACAACUGAACAAACUACAGAUACAACAACAGUUUCAACAACUACAGAGCCAACAACUACUGCAUCUACAACUGAACAAACUACAGAUACAACAACAGCUCAAACAACCACAGAAGCAGCAACCACUACUACUGAAGCAAAAACUACUGCAUCUACAACUGAACAAACUACAGAUUCAACAACAGUUUCAACAACUACAGAGCCAACAACUACUGCAUCUGUAACUGAACAAACUACAGAUACAACAACAGCUCAAACAACUACAGAAGCAGCAACCACUACUACUGAAGCAAAAACUACUGCAUCUACAACUGAACAAACUACAGAUUCAACAACAGUUUCAACAACUACAGAGCCAACAACUACUGCCUCUACAACUGAACAAACUACAGAUUCAACAACAGUUUCAACAACAACAGAGCCAACAACUACUGCAUCUACAACUGAACAAACUACAGAUACAACAACAGUUUCAACAACUACAGAGCCAACAACUACUGCCUCUACAACUGAACAAACUACAGAUUCAACGACAGUUUCAACAACUACAGAGCCAACAACUACUGCCUCUACAACUGAACAAACUACAGAUACAACAACAGCUCAAACAACUACAGAAGCAGCAACCACUACUACUGAAGCAAAAACUACUGCAUCUACAACUGAACAAACUACAGAUUCAACAACAGUUUCAACAACUACAGAGCCAACAACUACUGCCUCUACAACUGAACAAACUACAGAUUCAACAACAGUUUCAACAGCUACAGAGCCAACAACUACUGCAUCUACAACUGAACAAACUACAGAUACAACAACAGUUUCAACAACUACAGAGCCAACAACUACUGCAUCUACAACUGAACAAACUACAGAUACAACAACAGCUCAAACAACCACAGAAGCAGCAACCACUACUACUGAAGCAAAAACUACUGCAUCUACAACUGAACAAACUACAGAUUCAACAACAGUUUCAACAACUACAGAGCCAACAACUACUGCAUCUGUAACUGAACAAACUACAGAUACAACAACAGCUCAAACAACUACAGAAGCAGCAACCACUACUACUGAAGCAAAAACUACUGCAUCUACAACUGAACAAACUACAGAUUCAACAACAGUUUCAACAACUACAGAGCCAACAACUACUGCCUCUACAACUGAACAAACUACAGAUUCAACAACAGUUUCAACAACAACAGAGCCAACAACUACUGCAUCUACAACUGAACAAACUACAGAUACAACAACAGUUUCAACAACUACAGAGCCAACAACUACUGCAUCUACAACUGAACAAACUACAGAUACAACAACAGCUCAAACAACUACAGAAGCAGCAACCACUACUACUGAAGCAACAACUACUGCAUCUACAACGGAACAAUCUACAGAUUCAACAACAGUUUCAACAACUACAGAACCAACAACUACUGCCUCUACAACUGAACAAACUACAGAUUCAACAACAGUUUCAACAACUACAGAGCCAACAACUACUGCAUCUACAACUGAACAAACUACAGAUACAACAACAGUUUCAACAACUACAGAGCCAACAACUACUGCAUUUACAGCUGAACAAAUUACAGAUACAACUUCAGCUCAAACAACUACAGAGCCAACAACUACUGCCUCUACAACUGAACAAACUACAGAUUCAUCAACCGUUUCAACAACUACAGAGCCAACAACUACUGCAUUUACAACUGAACAAACUACAGAUACAACAACAGUUUCAACAACUACAGAGCCAACAACUACUGCACCUACAACUGAACAAACUACAGAUACAACUACAGCUCUAACAACUACAGAAGCAGCAACCACUACUACUGAAGCAACAAGUACUGCAUCUACAACUGAACAAACUACAGAUUCAACAACAGUUUCAACAACUACAGAGCCAACAAAUACUGCAUCUACAACUGAACAAACUACGGAUACAACGACAGCUCAAACAACUACAGAAGCAGCAACCACUACUACUGAAGCAAAAACUAGUGCAUCUACAAUUGAACAAACUACAGAUUCAACAACAGUUUCAAAAACUACAGAGCCAACAACUACUGCCUCUACAACUGAACAAACUACAGAUUCAACAACAGUUUCAACAACUACAGAGCCAACAACUACUGCAUCUACAACUGAUCAAACUACAGAUACAACAACAGUUUCAACAACUACAGAGCCAACAACUACUGCAUCUACAACUGAACAAACUACAGAUACAACAACAGCUCAAACAACUACAGAAGCAGCAACCACUACUACUGAAGCAACAACUAAUGCAUCUACAACUAAACAAACUACAGAUUCAACAACAGUUUCAACAACUACAGAGCCAACAACUACUGCAUCUACAACUGAACAAACUACAGAUACAACAACAGCUCAAACAACUACAGAAGCAGCAACCACUACUACUGAAGCAAAAACUACUGCAUCUACAACUGAACAAACUACAGAUUCAACAACAGUUUCAACAACUACAGAGCCAACAACUACUGCCUCUACAACUGAACAAACUACGGAUUCAACAACAGUUUCUACAACUACAGAGCCAACAACUACUGCAUCUACAACUGAACAAACUACAGAUACAACUACAGAAGCAGCAACCACUACUACUGAAGCAAAAACUACUGCAUCUACAACUGAACAAACUACAGAUUCAACAACAGUUUCAACAACUACAGAGCCAACAACUACUGCCUCUACAACUGAACAAACUACAGAUUCAACAACCGUUUCAACAACUACAGAGCCAACAACUACUGCAUCUACAACUGAACAAACUACAGAUACAACAACAGUUUCAACAACUACAGAUCCAACAACUACUGCAUCUACAACUGAACAAACUACAGAUACAACAUCAGCUCAAACAACUACAGAAGCAGCAACCACUACUACUGAAGCAACAACUACUGCAUCUACAACUGAACAAACUACAGAUUCAACAACAGUUUCAACAACUACAGAGCCAACAACUACUACCUCUACAACUGAACAAACUACAGAUUCAACAACAGUUUCAACAACUACAGAGCCAACAACUACUGCCUCUACAACUGAACAAACUACAGAUUCAACAACAGUUCCAACAACUACAGAGCCAACAACUACUGCAUCUACAACUGAACAAACUACAGAUACAACAACAGUUUCAACAACUACAGAUCCAACAACUACUGCAUCUACAACUGAACAAACUACAGAUACAACAACAGCUCAAACAACUACAGAAGCAGCAACCACUACUACUGAAGCAACAACUACUGCAUCUACAACUGAACAAACUACAGAUUCAACAACAGUUUCAACAACUACAGAGCCAACAACUACUGCCUCUACAACUGAACAAACUACAGAUUCAACAACAGUUUCAACAACUACAGAGCCAACAACUACUGCAUCUACAACUGAACAAACUACAGAUACAACUACAACUCAAACAACCACAGAAGCAUCCACCACUACUACUGAAACACCAACUUCUGCAUUUACAACUGAACAAACUACAUAUACAACUACAGCUCAAACGACUACAGAAGCACUAACCACAACUACUGAAGCAACAACUACUGCAACUACAGCUGAACAAACUACAGAUUCAACAACAGUUUCAAUAACUACAGAGCAAACAACUACUGCAUCUACAACUGAACAAACUACAGAUACAACAACAGUUUCAACAACUACAGAGCCAACAACUACUGCAUCCACAACUGAACAAACUACAGAUACAACUACAGCUCUAACAACUACAGAAGCAGCAACCACAACUACUGGAGCAACAACUACUGCCUCUACAACUGAACAAACUACAGAUUCAUCAACCAUUUCAACAACUACAGAGCCAACAACUACUGCCUCUACAACUGAACAAACUACAGAUACAACAACAGUUUCAACAACUACAGAGCCAACAACUACUGCAUCUACAACUGAACAAACUACAGAUACAAGAACAGCUCAAACAACUACAGAAUCUCCAACGACAACUACUGAAACAACAACUACUGCAACUACAAACGCACAAACUACAAAUACAACAACUGCUCAAACUGCUACAGAAGCUGAAACUACUACUGAAGAAACAACUACUGCAUCAACAACUAAACAAACUGCAGAUACAACUACAGCUCAAACAACAACAGAAACAUUAACCACUACUACUGAAACACCAAAUAUUGCAUCUACAACUGAACAAACUACAGAUAAAACUACAGCUCAAACAACCACAGAAGCAUCAACCACUACUACAGAGCCAACAACUACUGCAUCUACAACUGAACAAACUACAGAUACAACUACAGCUUUAACAACUACAGAAGCAGCAACCACAACUACUGGAGCAACAACUACUGCCUCUACAACUGAACAAACUACAGAUUCAUCAACCAUUUCAACAACUACAGAGCCAACAACUACUGCCUCUACAACUGAACAAACUACAGAUACAACAACAGUUUCAACAACUACAGAGCCAACAACUACUGCAUCUACAACUGAACAAACUACAGAUACAACAGCUCAAACAACUACAGUAUCUCCAACGACAACUACUGAAGCAACAACUACUGCGACUACAACUGCACAAACUACAGAUACAACAACUGCUCAAACUACUACAGAAGCUGAAACUACUACUGAAGAAACAACUACUGCAUCAACAACUAAACAAACUGCAGAUACAACUACAGCUCAAACAACAACAGAAACAUUAACCACUACUAAUGAAACACCAACUUCUGCAUCUACAACUGAACAAACUACAGAUACAACUACAGCUCAAACGACUACAGAAGCAGCAACCACAACUACUGAAUUAACAACUACUGCAACUACAACUGAACAAACUACAGAUUCAACAAUAGCUUCAACAACUACAGAGCAAACAACUACUGCACCUACAACUGAACAAACUACAGAUACAACUACAGCUCAAACAACUACAGAAGCAUCAACCACUACUACUGAAACACCAACUACUGCAUCUACAACUGAACAAACUACAGAUUCAACAACAGCUAAAACAACUACAGAAGCAGCAACCACAACUACUGAAACACCAACUACUGCAUCUACAACUGAACAAACUACACUUUCAACAACAGCUCAAACAACUACAGAAACAGCAACUACUGCCUCUACAAAUGAACAAACUACAGACACAACAACAGCUCAAACAACUACAGAAGCAGCAACCACAACUACUGAAACACCAACUAUUGCAUCUACAACUGAACAAACUACACUUUCAACAACAGCUCAAACAACUAUAGAAGCAGCAAAUACUGCAUUUACAACUGAACAAACUAAAGAUACAACUACAGCUCAAACAACUACAGACGCAGCAACCACUACUACUGAAGCAACAACUACUGCAACUACAACUGAACAAACUACAGAUACAACUACAGCUCCACCAACUACAGAGCCAACAACUACUGCACCUACAAUUGAACAAACUACAGAUACAACUACAGCUCAAACAACUACAGAAGCAGCAACCACAACUACUGAAGCAACAA